CCUCACCUUCAAUUUUUUCUUUUUCUCAUUUUUCUCCCCAACAACAGUAAAAAUAAAAACAAAACCCCAUCAUUGGAAAUUUUGGAGAAAGGGGAAUUAGUGGUUUUCUUUUUCUUUUUUGUUUCCUACAAAAUUGAAGGCGAGCUGGUGACCGGAAACCUUCUCAACUAGUUUGUUUUAUAAUUUGAGUUGGAAAUUAAAAAAACAAAAAAACAAAAAAAGAGAAGGGGAGAGAGAAAAGUUUUAUAUUAUUUGAUAUUAUAUAAAGAGAGAGAGAGAUGGGGGAUUCACCAAAAAGUCCAGAGAGCAGCAGUGGCGGUGGUGGAGGGCGUUGUUCGUCGUCAUUAAUGGAAAGUUUAUUGGGUCUUCUUCGGAUUCGGAUCAUUCGCGGCGUCAACCUCGCCGUUCGCGACGUUCGCAGCAGCGAUCCUUACAUUGUUGUUAAAAUGUCCAAACAGAAAUUGAAGACUCGAGUGAUUAAGAAGGAUAUUAAUCCAGAAUGGAACGAAGAUCUUACUCUAUCUGUUACAGAUCCCAAUGCUUUGGUCAAGCUGACAGUGUACGACCACGACACAUUUAGUAUGGACGACAAAAUGGGUGAUGCAGAGUUCGAUAUCACGCCAUACAUCGAAGCAUUGAAAAUGGAUUUGUCAGGAUUACCAAGUGGAACAAUAGUGUCAAGAGUGCAACCAAGUAGGCAAAAUUGCCUAGCCGAAGAGAGUGCCAUUGUGUUGGAAGAUGGCAAAGUUGUUCAAAACAUUUGCCUACGCUUGCGCAAUGUUGAAUGUGGUGAAGUCGAAAUUCAAUUGCAAUGGAUUGAUCUUCCUGGUUCUAAAGUUGCGUUGAUCACGAGCACGUCGACAUGGUUGGAAGUGAGAGGCAACGAUUCGAUUCAAAGUAGUACGGAUGUGGAGCGUUUUGAGAGGUUACCUGCAAAAACAAAGAAGCUUUGGACACCCGUGUGGCGUUUACCAGGCAUAUUUCAUUAUGUAAAUCGCUUCAAGUCUAAACUUCUUCUUCAACGUUGUCUAUAUAAGAAAUGAAGCGUGUUGCCAUUAUAUAUA